AUGUAUCCUGCCACUGUGGUUAGCUCCUGCUUCCUCCUGCUGCUCUUGGGGGCCCUGCCUGGAUGGGCAGCCACCAAUGACCCCAUUGAGAAGGUCAUCGAAGGCAUCAACCGAGGGCUGAGCAAUGCGGAGAGAGAGGUAGGCAAGGCCCUGGAAGGCAUCAAUAAUGGAAUCACUCAAGCUGGAAGGGAAGUGGAGAAAGUUUUUAAUGGACUUGGCAAUAUGGGGGGCCGUGUCAGCAAGGAUCUGGACAGGGGCAUCCAAGGGCUCAACAGCGGCUUGGACAAGGUGGCCCAUGAGACCAACAGUGCCAUCGGACAAGCAGGAAAGGAAGCAGAGAAGUUUGUCCAUGGGGUCAACAACGCUGCUGGACAGGUUGGGAAGGAGGCAAACAAAGUGAUCCAGGGGGUCCACCAUGGGGUCAACCAGGCGGGAAGUGAGGCAGGGCGGUUGGGUCACGGGAUCCACCAUGCUGGCGGGCAGGCUGGGAACGAGGCAGGGAGGUUGGGCCAGGGGAUCCACCAUGCUGUCGGGCAGGCUGGGAACGAGGCGGGGAGGGUGGGCCAGGGGAUCCACCAUGCUGGCGGGCAGGCUGGGAAUGAGGCAGGGCGGUUGGGCCAGGGGAUCCACCACACUGUUGGGCAGGCUGGGAAGGAGGCAGAAAAGAUGGGCCAGGGGAUCCACCAUGCUGGCGGGCAGGCUGGGAAUGAGGCAGGGCGGUUGGGCCAGGGGAUCCACCACGCUGUCGGGCAGGCUGGGAACGAGGCAGGGAGGGUGGGCCAGGGGAUUCACCACGCUGUUGGGCAGGCUGGGAACGAGGCAGAAAAGUUGGGCCAGGGGAUCCACCACACUGUUGGGCAGGCUGGGAAGGAGGCAGAAAAGUUGGGCCAGGGGAUCCACCAUGCUGUCGGGCAGGCUGGGAACGAGGCGGGGAGGGUGGGCCAGGGGAUUCACCACGCUGUUGGGCAGGCUGGGAACGAGGCAGAAAGGUUGGGCCAGGGGAUCCACCACGCUGUUGGGCAGGCUGGGAAGGAGGCAGAAAAGUUGGGCCAGGGGAUCCACCAUGCUGUCGGGCAGGCUGGGAACGAGGCGGGGAGGGUGGGCCAGGGGAUCCACCACGCUGUUGGGCAGGCUGGGAACGAGGCAGAAAAGUUGGGCCAGGGGAUCCACCAUGCUGUUGGGCAGGCUGGGAGAGAGGGAGACAAAGUAGUCCAAGGGGCCCAUCAUGGAGUUAGCCAGGCUGGGAAGGAGAUGGAGAAGUUUGGCCAGGGGGUCCAUCAUGCUGCCGGGCAGGCUGGGAAGGAGGGAGACAAAGCGGUCCAAGGGGUCCAUCAUGGAGACAGCCAGGCUGGGAAGGAGGUGGAGAAGUUUGGCCAGGGUGUUCACCAUGCCGUUGAACAGGCUGGAAAGGAAGCAGACAAAGUGGCCCAAGGGGUCCACAAUGGGGUCAACCAGGCCGGGAAAGAGGCAGAGAAACUUGGCCAAGGGGUCAACCACGCUGCUGGCCAGGCCGGAAAGGAGGCGGAGAAACUUGGUCAAGGUGUCCACCACGCUGCUGGCCAGGCCGGGAAGGAGGUGGAGAGGUUGGAGCAGAAUGUUCAUCAUGGGGCCAACCAAGCCAGCAAGGAGGCCAACCAUCUGCCGAAUGGCGGGCAUCAAGGCGGAUACGCCGGCCAGCACGGAGGGGCCGGAACCACAACACUGACAUCUGGAGCCUCGGUCAACAAGCCCUUCAUCAACUUUCCAGCUCUGUGGAGGAGCGUCACCAACAUCAUCCCCUAAACUGAUGUGCUGGCCUCGCUGAGUAGACUGAUGUUCCUGUUGUGCUAUCAGUUGAAAUGACUUGGGGGCAGGGGAUGGUUUUCUGGAUUCCCUUAAGGGGGCCGGACUAAGG